CUAUGGACCUCCAGUGUCUGGUGGAGCUAACUAUUCGCUGGACGAUCGGGCUUGCCAGUGGGAGUACUUUUUCAUGUGCGAAUCGUUGGAAGGUUAGAAGCGUUAUUUUAUUCAAUUUAUGACAAGGUCGAGCUGGGUGGGUUCGUACUAGUAGUGGAUGAAAUAGUUUGAGAACCUUUACGAAAUAGUAGCAACAUGUGUAAUAGAUCUUCGAUAACAAUAAACGAAAGUGUAGAGCAAAUUUGGUUGUAUAACGAAGAGGAAAUUCUGAAGACACCUCUCCGAACCGAAACGAAUGAAGAUUGAUUCUCCACAUGUUAGAAGUCGCGCAACAUCGAAGCGCAUGAGAAGGGGAAAUCAUUCUUCAUUCUCAUUGAUACUCCGAUGGAAGCAGUUUGUUCGAAACCAUAGCUGAGACCAUGGUUAAAGUACAAAAAGUGUUCCUGCUUGUCGUGCUAACGGUGCUAGAGCGGUCGGUUCAAGAGACCAGUGACACCACGUUCGGGAUCUUUCGUCACAAAGAGUACUACUUCAGCAACUCUUUUAAGCUGAAUUGGUUCAAGGCGGUAGAGAACUGUCGGUUGCGAGGCAUGUUCCUCCUUUCGGUAAGGAACGGCGAAGAGCGGGAAACAGUCGUACAGUAUCUGGACGGCACGGGCUAUACCAAGAUGCGCGACAGUUUUAUGUUCUGGACAUCUGCAAACGAUCUGGGUGAGGAAGGAGAAUUCCACUGGGCAUCUACCGGAGAGCGUGUUAACUAUGCAAACUGGAGGGAAGGAGAACCGACCGGCAUCGGUGGAAAUAAUGCCACCAAGGAGGACUGUUGCUGCAUGGAGUACAGGUCGGGAGGUGGUGCAAACUUUAACUACACGUUCAAUGAUCGAUCUUGUAAGCAAGAAUUAUUGUUCCUGUGUGAAACACUGCCAGUAUGAUGGUGCCAAGUAUUCCAGUUAUUAGCCACUUGUAGUCCUCAAAACCGAACCAAACAUAGACAAGAUCGUAGUACAAGUAGUGCAAACUUAUAAUUUUGUUCAUAGAGUUCAUAGAGUGAUCGGCAGAAAACAGUUCUUUCCAACCUUCUCCUUCUUCCGAUAACCUAUGGAGGUCAACUCAAUCCGACUUUGCUCAU